ACAAAACGCACGUGUGUAAAUUCUUACAAGUUUUAUAAAAUAAUUAAUUUAAAGGAAUCUAAUCGAUUAAAGAGCUAAUUAACAGUAAGAACCUCAAGAUGAAGUUUGCAUAUAAGUUCAACAAUUUGCUUGGAACAGUUUAUCGAAAAGGCAAUUUAGUAUUCAGUUCUGAUGGAAAUUCAGUCAUUAGUCCCGUUGGAAAUAGAUUGACAAUCUUUGACUUGAAGAAUAACAAAACCAGCACAUUAGCAGUUCAAAGUAAUUACAAUUUUACAGCACUGGAUGUGUCACCAAAUGGAUGUCUAAUCGUAGCUUCAAAUGAAAACGGAGAGACUUUUAUGGUCAGCACGCUUAGUCAAACUGUAAUUCAUACUUACAAAUUUCACCGAGAACCUAGUUUUAUUAAGUUUAGUCCUGAUGGAAAGUUAUUUGGAAUAUGUAUUGAGGAAUGCGUGUACAUCUUCAGAACACCCGGUAUCAUAACUGGACAGUUUAAUUCAUUCAUAAUUGAUAGAAUCUUCAAAGACAGUCAUGGAGAGAAAACUUACAUAGAUUGGUCAUUUGAUUCACGCUUCCUCAUUGUCGGUUCCAAAGAUAAUUGUGCAAAAGUCUAUUCUGUAAAACUGCUAGAAGAUUUCAAUUCAGUUAUAUUAAGCAGCCAUUCAGACUCAAUUAUUGGAUGUUUCUUUGAGGAAAAUUCCUUAAAUGCAAUUGUCGUGAGUAGAAAUGGUCAAAUGACAAGGUGGGAAUGCAGCAUGAAGGCUGAAGAUUUACAUGAAAUAUAUUUCGUAAAAGCGGAACCAGAAGAAAAGAAAUUAAAGAAUGACAGCUCUGACGAAGAAGAUCAAAUCGAGGAGAAUCAAGCAGUCGGAAAAAUUCAGGAAAUCAACGAUACAGGACGUGACAAGCAAGGUAAAAUAAUCACAGAAACAAUAAAAGAAAGGAAAUUCUUUUACAACAAAAUUGUCAGACAUUAUUUAAUGGAUGAAUUGAAAAAGGAAAAUAAGAAUGUAAAACUAACGUCAGCAUGUUACCACAAAAAAUUAAAGCUACUCGUUACUGCAUACUCGUCAGGAGCUUUUUAUCUUCAUGAAUUACCAGAUGUGUCCAUGAUUCAUUCACUUAACAUAUCUGAAUAUGCUAUCGAUACUGUGACAUUUAAUAAUAAUGGAGAUUGGAUUGGACUUGGCGUUUCAGGUGCUGGACAAUUGCUUGUUUGGGAAUGGCAGAGUGAGCAAUAUAUUAUGAAGCAGCAAGGACAUAGCAAUGUUAUGAGUUCCUUAACAUAUUCAUCAGAUGGAAAUUUCCUCGUUACUGGAUCAUAUGAUGGUAAAGUUAAAGUAUGGAAUGUCUCAAAUGGUUUCUGUAUAUUGACAUUUUCUGAGCACACAAGUGGCGUAACAGCUGUUGACUUUAGUAGAAAUAAAAAGUUCUUCGUAAGUGCAUCGUUAGAUGGAACUGUAAGAGCAUUCGAUAUGAUACGAUAUAGAAAUUUCAGGACAUUAACAGCACCAAAACUAGUCCAAUUUAGUUGCGUCUCAAUCGACUAUUCUGGUGAAUUUGUUGCGGCUGGUGCGCAGGAUGUCUUUGACAUUUAUUUAUGGUCAAUGAAAAAUGGAAAAUUAUUAGAAGUACUGUCAGGACAUGAAGCUCCAGUUAUGACACUCGAUUUUUCGCCAAGUUCAACGUCUACAACUCUCGUCUCUGGCGAUUGGGAGAAUGAAAUUAAAAUUUGGAAUUGUCUUGAAAAUUCAAGCGAUCACGAGACUAUGAACAUGAUGUCCGAUGUCAUUUGUAUCGCAUUUAAACCGAGUGGCGAGGAAGUUGCUGUAGCCACAUUAAAUUGUAAUAUAAGCAUAUUGGAUAUCAAGAAUUCACAACAAUUGUGCUCGAUUGAAUGUAAAAAGGAUAUUGGAUAUGGCAUGUCAGAUGGCGAUGUCAUAACAUCAAAGAAGAACUUUGAAUCGAAAUAUUUCUCGUCGAUUGUUUACUCGUCGGACGGUGAAUGUAUUUUGGCUGGUGGAAAGAGUAAAUUUGUAUGCAUUUAUCAUGUUAAGGAGGGAUUAUUGCUGAAGAAAUUUGAAAUUACACAAAAUCUAUGCCUUGAUGGAAUGUUGGAAUUCGUGAAUCGUCGCAAUAUGACAGAAUUUGGUAACUUAGCACUAAUUGAAGAGCGUGACAAGCUUGAAGGUGGAAAUAUAAAGAUCAAAUUACCCGGAACGUUAAAGAACGACAUUGCAUCGAGAAAUUUCAAGCCAGAAGUAGGAGUAAGUUGUUUACAAUUCUCUCCAAACAAUCAACAAUGGGCAGCAGCCUCAACUGAAGGUCUCCUGAUUUAUUCACUCGAUAAAGGCAUAAUUUUUGAUCCGUUUCAAAUGUCUGUGGAAGUGACGCCAAAAGCAACCAGAAAUUUAAUAGAUGAGAAAGAAUAUUCAGGAGCUUUAAUAAUGGCACUAAAAUUAAAUGAACAUCCACUCAUACAAGAAAUAAUUGAACAAAUUCCUCAUGCUGAAAUUGAUUUAGUGCUUGAUUCAAUGCCUGAAAUAUUUGUUCAUCGUACGGCAGAAUUCAUAUCGAGAAUGUUGAGCUCACAGCACAUUGAAUUCUAUUUGAAGUGGACGUGCAGUCUGCUUACGAAAUUUGGUCAGAAAAAUGAAUUAAUAGACUCGCAAGUUCUUAUAAAUUUACAUCAGAAUUUAAGCAGAAAAUACGAGAGCUUGAAUAGAAUAUGUGAUUUCAAUAAAUAUACAAUGCGAGUUAUCAAAAAGAUGUCACAAGGCAAAAUUAAUGAGGUAGAGAAGGAUGACGAUGAAAUGAUGUUAAUUAACAACACAAUCAAUAAGGAAGAUAAUUAUGUCAAUUCUGAUGAGUCUAUGAGCGAUAUUGAUGAUGACACAUCAGAAGAGUAGCUGAGCUAUUAAAUUUAAACGAAAUAAAUUCCAAAAUUUAAUUGAAAUAAAGUUUAUAUUCGCUGAAUUUGCUAUA